UUUCGUAUUGUUAAAGACAAUAUUUAAGAAAGAACGAGAGUGUUCUGAAACAUUUAACUGCGUGUCAAUAAAUUAUUGAUAAUUAUUCAGUAUACAGUUAACAGUAACGAAAUUGUCAAAUAUGCAGAGAAUUAAUCCCAAGCUUGUGCAGAGUAUUUCUGCAUUAAGCCGAAUGAAAAUGUCUAACAGUAGCGGUUCUCAAGGAAGCAAGGGCAGUGCUGGUGCUAUUCGUGAUGCUGGUGGAGCUUUUGCACAAAUGGAAGCAGCUCAUGAAAAUCAAUACUUUUAUAAUCAGCAAAAAGAACAGUUAAAAAAAUUGAAAGAAGGUCUCACCGAUGAGAUAGCUUUCCACGAGGAACAGAUUCGUCGUCAUCAAGAAGCCAUAGAACGUCAUAAGUCAAGAAUGGAGGAAAUGGCUAAAAAUAAUAAAUAAAUAUUAACAUUUAUCUUCGUCAUAUAAUUUUUCUAAUGAUAUUUGACUGAUAUUAAGUCCAAUGUGUGGUCAAUCAAAAGAUUAAUAGGAUUAGUUUGAUAAUUAGAAAGAUUCAUUUUAUAUUUAUGUAUAUUACACAUUAAUAUAUUUCAAUGAAUUAUUGUUAACUGUU